AGAUUAAAUAAAAAUGAAUGAACAGGUUGGACUGUUUGUGGAGCUCCUUUCCAAGCUCCUGUGACUUCUCUGUCCUGCCACCUUCACUGAACAAAGGGGCAAAGAAGUUGAACUCAUGGUGUGCCUGAGCACGAUGGCUAGGAACACCGAUAUGCGCUGGCGCUUACCUAUGGUUUGCCUCCUCUGGGAGGUGGCCAUGAUCAUCCUUUUUGGGAUUUUCGUGCGCUUCAACCCGGAGGCAGAUGUGGCUGAUUGGGAGAAGGAAAAACAACAAAGGAACGUCUCUGAUAUUGAGAAUGAAUUCUACUUCAGGUACCCCUCUUUCCAAGAUGUCCAUGUGAUGAUUUUUGUGGGUUUUGGAUUCCUCAUGACCUUUCUUCAACGCUAUGGCUUUGGAGCUGUUGGCUUCAACUUUCUCCUCGCUGCCUUUGGGAUCCAGUGGGCUCUUCUGAUGCAGGGCUGGCUCCAUACCUUUGAGCAUGGGAAGAUACUCAUUGGAGUGGAAAGCCUGAUUAAUGCAGAUUUCUGCGUGGGUUCUGUUUGUAUCGCCUUUGGUGCCAUUUUGGGCAAAGUCAGCCCCGUCCAGCUGCUCAUUAUGACACUGUUUCAAGUGACCCUCUUCUCCAUCAAUGAAUAUAUCCUGCUUGAUCUGCUCCAUGUGAAAGAUGCUGGAGGAUCCAUGACUAUUCAUACAUUCGGUGCUUACUUUGGCCUAACUGUGACCUCUAUUUUGUACCGGCCCAACCUUGACCAGACCAAAGACAAGCAGGAAUCUGUUUACCAUUCAGAUCUUUUUGCCAUGAUUGGAACCUUAUUUCUGUGGAUGUACUGGCCCAGCUUUAACUCAGCCAUUUCCAAUCAUGGAGAUGCACAGCACCGAGCGGCCAUCAACACCUAUUGUUCACUUGCUGCUUGUGUCCUCACUUCUGUGGCCUUCUCUAGCCUCUUGCAAAAGAAGGGAAGGUUGAACAUGGUGAGUAAAGUCAGGCAAGAUGUCAUGCCUUUCUCUUAUCUUUUGCAAAGUUUCAUGGAACCCUCUAUUACAGGUGUGUGUUUAUGGGUGUAGGGCUGCUUAUGUAUCUACUUGCCUACCUGCUUGCCUGCCAAUCAAUCAAUCAAUCAUUAAAAAUGGUGUCAUGGCUUUCUAUUACCUUGUACUAAGUUUCAUGGAACCCCCACCAAAGGGGGGGCGGUGUUUUCUUUCUU